AUGGCACAUCUGUACGUAUGUAACAGUUCGUAUUCUUUGGCCUGUAAACAUCUAUUAAUAUUUCAGGCAUCUUGCGCAAAGCAUAGUUAUAAGUUAGAGUGGAACCAUUGUAGUGUUUUUAUGAAAAAUAUUAGCAACAUGGGUUCGCUUCGAUCGUGCGUGUUUUUGUUAGUGUUGUUUGUGCAAUUACAACUUAUUGUUGGAAAGCCUUUCUUAACCGACUUGUUUUGCGACAUCUUCUGCGAUGAUGAUGACGACGUGAGCACUACCACCAGCACAAGCAAUGAAGAUGAUUGGGACGUGUUCGGGCUUUGCGUCUGCGGUACCCGGCGACCACCCGGCGCUAGGAGGCCAGGUCAAGGGAUCCCUGCGAACAUUAAUAUGAGAUUACCUCCAUCAGCAAACGGAAUGAACUUCAGCAUGACGAACAACAACGGAAUGUGGUCGUUCAACUUGGACGCUGGCCCCAACGGCCCCAAUGGUGGCAUGGCCCCUGGUGGAGGCCCCACGCCAUUCCCUCCCACUGCUGGUGGUGCGACCACCGCUGCUCCGACUACUGCUGCUGCCACCACGGCUAAGAAAUAAACUCCAAAGCUACUUGUAGGAUAACUUUACUGGUAGACAUCUUACAGCGUAUCUGUCCCCUAUAUUCGUAUAAGUGGCAACCGUAUUCCGUGAAUAUGAGUCUAUUUGAAGAGUAAAGGCGUCAUGCUUCGAGUUGGAGCAUUCAUAUUUUUUUUUCAGCAAUCCACCAUACGUCCUAACGUUCGCCCUAAGCCAAGGUCCGAGGCGCCCUUUAGGUAGACGCUACUCCCGAUGUCGUCGAAGUCUUUACAAAAUGCAGGAGUUAAUGAGCACAUUUAUCUCUCAGUAUGAGAAAAGUUUAGCCCAUUGGCUACCACGCUGGCUCCAGAAUUGUCAGACUCACACACCUUUGAGAACAUUAUGGAGAAAUCUUAGGCAUACAGGUUUCCUCAGGAUAUUUUCUUUUACCAUGAAAGCAAAUGAUAUUCAAUUGCUUAAAACGCAUAUAACUCCGAAAAUCACUUUAUAAUCGUUUUAUUGCCGCGUGUGAAUGCGUCAGUGUGCUAAAGGCGAUAAAGGAAACAGUUUUGUAGCUAAAUUUAGUUGGUACACAAACAGUGGAUACGCAGCGGAGUGGCUCAUUUUCAAUCAAUACAUAUUAUGCUCGAUAGGAAAUGAUUUCUGAGUGCGAGCGAUUUCUAGGAAGGCCCACGUUUUAUUUUUCAGGUACGUUAUCAGUAGUCGAUAGUGAUUUCUAAAAUGCUGGUUUUUGAUUGGCUAUUUUCAGUAGUCAUUAACUCGCAAGGAAAACACGCAAAGAAAAUGAGUUUUUAAGUAGAUAACAGAUAUACCUCUUCGGUUUUGUUAAUAUGAAAAGUAGCUUUUUAAGUGCUAUUAAUGUUAUUAAUUUGCCUUUAUCUUCAAAAUAAAAAUCUUUCCGUUUAAUACCGAUUCCGUGACUACCCAUUUAUGUAAAAUUAAUCUAACUUCGUCCUAAAGUCUACUUGUAGUGUGUAGUAUUGCCAUUUUUCUUUCUAGUUAAUACUAUGUUUAGUGUAAAAUAUUUUAUGAUAAUUAAUAAAAAUACCGUAUUCUCA